AAGGUAACAGGUUGCUGUCGCCGCAUAAUGAACUUGUAGCUGUGUUAAUUUACGCAGGAGUUGUUUGUCCACCCACUUUUCUCCCCCUGUGUGUACUUUUAAUGGACGUCUGUGAACAUAUUUGAAUCAUUAUCGACAUAAAAGAAGCGAGGUGUCAAAGAGGAAGCAGAGGAAGAACUUCGGAGAAAGAGCAUGAGCACACCAUCUUCAGGUCGGAAGACCCCGGUGGACUACGGUGUCCAGAUCCGCUUCAUCGAUGACAUCUGCGACACUGGUGGGGGGCAGCCCGGGUCCCAGCCCAGGUCCCAGCCCGGGUCCCAGCCCAAGCCCAAGCCCAAGCCUCAGACAACCUCCAAAUACGGUGUGGCCGUCAGGGUGCAGGGUAUUGCUGGCCAGCCAUAUGUGGUCCUGAAGGACGGAGAGAAAGGAGACUCAUAUGGGGUCCAGCUCAGGACCCAGUACCCCUCUGGUUACAGCAGCCUUCCCCGGAGGAGAGAGAAGGCAGAGCCAGGAGUACAGGGGCCAGAUGUAGGAGGAGGAGGAGGAGGAGAGGAGGAGGAGGAGGAGCAGGGAGGUGCUCUACGCCGGGCCCAGUCCCAUGGCUCGCUGCUGGACAGAGAUGGGGAGGGAGGGGCAGGCAAUGAGGAUUUUCAGCUGUCCAGGCCACCAGGGGAUGGGAAGUCUGGUAGUUAUGGGAAUCUGGAUGGAGGAAUUGGGGUAAGGGGGGAGAGGGAGCAGGUUCGGCAUGUCGGUGGUAGAGAGGGGGACGCGGAAAGGAAUACGUGGGAGGGUUCAUACACAGCCGGACUCAACGGGUCAGUGAGGAGCAGUCAGUCCUACCCUGAUCCUCCUCAACAAACAAAUGAGCUUCACUCUAAUAAGAGACAGACUCCUGUCAACAGACUAAUAAACAGGUUUGAUGGUGGUAACUCUGGAGGCCAGCAGAGAGGACUCCCUCCUGUAGAUCCCUACACCUCACCUCCGUCCUCAACGCACAGCAGCUUAGGACACAGCCAGGCCGCUGUCACCAAAUCUCCUGGACACUCCGCUAAUCAGUGGACUCCGCCAGGGAAAUAUGCCGCUGUGGAAACGCCGCAGGCUAUUCUGACUGAGGCACAAGUGACUCCUGACCUUUUGCUGGACCAGGGUCAGAGUGCAGAGAUGACCAGCGAGGAGGAGCAGGUCAUGCAGACUAUAUACAACAUCCUGAGACAAGGGACCAACGAGAGUGAUGUUAUCAUCAAGCACAAAGUAAAGGUCAUCUUUCAGAAGAUUCAGAAUCUAAAGCCCAAAGAAAGGCCUCGGGAAGAGUGGGUGAGAGAAAAGAGGGAGCUUGAAAGAAAGAUGGCUGACCUACAAACCGCCCUGCAAGAGGAGAGAAGGGACUCUGUUAGCAAUUCUGAUCCCACUCUGAAAGCUGAGCUGGAGUCCUGUCUGGAUGAAAAUCUGCAACUUCAGGAGAUGCUGGACCGGAAGAAGAAAGAAUUAAAUGAAACACAAUCAGAGCUGACUCAGCUGCGUAUGGAUAGGGAGAACGCAGAGGCACGGGUCAGAGAAAUGGAGGACCAGCUGGCUGAGCUCCAAGAUGAAAUGAGAAGAGAGAAUGGCAGCAAGACGGAUCUGAUGUCUUGUCAGGCACAGCUGAUGGAGGUAUGCCAGCUGAAACGGAAGCUGGAGGAGACGCUAAGACAGAGAGAGAGGGAGCUAACUGCUCUCAAAGGAGCUCUGAAGGAAGAGGUGGCCACACAUGACAAAGAGAUCGAGGUGCUCCGGGAGCAGUACAGUGUUGACAUGGAGAAGCUCCGCAGCAGUAUGGAGCAUGUGUCUCAGUCUCAUGCAGGGAUCGAGGCAGAGCGGCUGCGUGUAAAUGCAUCGAUUCGCUCCCUACAGCAGCAGCUGGAAGACUGUAGAGAUGAAAGCAGCCACUGGAUGGAGCAGUUUCACGCCACUAGAGACGAACUUCGAACAACUAAACAAGAACUCCUGCAAGUCCGUCUGGAAAAAGAGGAGUUUGAGGAAGAACUAAAAGAGCUUCAGGAGAAAGUGAGCACCAUGAAACAACAGAUACCGGACCCCGGCCACACUCAGACUCUCAACCAGGAACUUCAGCGAUACAAUGCUGAUCUACAGAAGGCAAAGUCUGAAGUGGAGAAGCACAGGUUGGAGUUUGACAAGAAGGUCAUGGAAGUCAUCUCCAUAAAGAAAUCUCACCAGAACCAGGAGGCAGAACUGAAGUAUGAGAUUGACAGGCUAAAGGAUCAGUUGCAGAGGGCCAAAGACGAUUUAGCCAGGUCACAGGAGAAAAACAAACGGCUCCCGGACCCAGCCAUCAUCUCAGAGCUGGAGCAGAAGCUUGAUGAGACAUGUAGGGAAGCUAGCCAGCUCAAAGAGAAACUGUCAUUAGCUGAGGAGGAACUGGAAGCCAGUAAAACACGUCUCAAUAAAGCUCAGAUAGAUGUUAAAUCGCUCCAAGACGGCCAGCAGGAGCAGGAGGUGGCAAACGCACGUCUCAAAGAGAAACUCUCACGGUUAGAGGCUCAGCUGCAGACCAACGCCACAGAGAGCUCCGAGGCCGAGCUUGCCCUCCACACAGAGGUGAGAGGGCUGAGAUCUGAGCUAGAUGAGGCCAAGCGAAAGGCUUCCAGACUGAGCCAGGAGCACCGUGAAUUAAACCUGCGUCUGGAGGAUAUGGAGAAAGACAAGGAGACACUCAAACAGACCAUCAACCAGCUGGAAGGGAUCAAACGACAGCAAGAGAGAGCUCUGGAGAAAAUCAACAAAGAGUAUGAGUCUCUGGCCAUGUCCUCAAGAGAGGAGGUGCAGGCUCUCAGGAUUCAGGUGGAGGAGCAGAGAGAGCGGGCACGCAAGGAAAUGCAGGAGGUGCAACGUCACGGCAACGACGCUCAGAGUGAACUGGAAAGAAGUCGUAUAAAUCUGAUGAGACUGGAAGAAGAAGUGUCACGACAGAAGAAGGAGCUUCUGGUUGCCUGUGAGGAGAAAGACAACCACCAGCUUGAUAAAGAGCUUCUCACCAACAGACUGCGCCACCUUGAGGGAGAGAUAGAGACCAGCAAAAACAGCCUUAAUGAGAAAACCCGGGAGAUUCGCAUCCUGGAGGACAAGCUGAAGCGUGUGGAGUUGGAGCUGGAGGAGGAGAAAAGCAGUGUGGAGAUGUUGACAGACCGAGUGGCCAGGAGCAGAGACCAGAUCGAUCAGCUGCGCUCUGAGCUCAUGCAGGAGAGAUCCUCCAAACAGGACCUGGAGCUGGACAAGAACGCCAUGGAGAGACAUCUGAAGGAGCUGAGGAGUCGUGUGGCUGACAUGGAAGGUCAGUCUCGCUCCUCAGCCGGAGUCUCACAGCUGGAGAAUAAGAUCCAGGAUCUGGAAGAACGCCUACGAAGUGAGGAAAGGGAGAAGAACUCCGUUUUGGCAUCUCAACGACGUCUGGAGAGGAAACUUAAGGAACUCAACAUGACUUUGGAUGAGGAGAGACACACGCACACUGAACAGAGAGACCAGCUUGCUCUUAGAGUGAAAGCUCUAAAAAGGCAGGUAGACGAAGGAGAGACUGAGCUGGAAAGGAUAGAUGGACAGAGGAGAAAGGCUCAGAGAGACAUGGAGGAACAGAUGGAGCUCAAAGAGGCCUUGCAGACCAGAGUCACAGCACUCGAAACUGAGCUCAAGAGAAAAACACAUGCAGCAAUGCGCCCAGUUUUGGAUUCAUCAGCCCUCAGCUCCGAUGAUGACGACAGCCUGUUUGACCCCUCCUCCAUCACCUCCAUCCUCACUGAGAGCAACCUCCAGACCAGCUCCUGUUAAAACAGCACUUCUGGGACAGGGAAAGGGUGGGAAAACAUAGCACUGUUUAUGAAAAAGAUCAUGUGUUAGCUGGUUAGCUACUUUGUAGACUGGGAGUAAAGCCAAGAGGCAGAAUUGAGGGAGGGGUAUAAGGACCUGGGAGGUAAUUGACAUAUUGUGGAGGUUAGUAGGGGAAUGAUUUUCCACACAAGAGUGAAUUGAAGGAAACAGAGCAUCCUCUGCAUUUCAUGGAAUUUCCCUCUACAGUGUAUACCGACAUACUCCGUGGUACAUGUGGAAGGACUCCUUCGCAUUCAUGCAAUACACUACACAAGGUACUCCAGCAUAUAUAAACUCACUAAGUCGGUAACUGGAUUGCAAGGAGAGAAAUUAACCUAGAAGCACAGAAAAAAACAUGAAUAGGAAAUACCUCUUGAAUUUUUUGGUACAUAUUUAGCAUGUCAAACUAUUCAGGGUUGAAACUCUGGGUCUCACACUUAUGGUACAGAGUCUGGCUUUGACUGAAUUAUCAACUCUACUCUUCAUUUCUUGGUGUAGACAGUUUACCUGCUGGACAUAAGUUAUGUUCUGUGUUGUCAAACACACAGCUAUCAACUGACUGAACUCACAAACUCUGCACCCCAGCAUUCACAAAUAGGUAGGACUACUACAAAACAUGACAAACACUGACAUUUCAAGUGAUUGAAGUGAGCCAUAAAACACUGAUUCUUAUGCUGGUCUGCUUUGCCGAACCAAAUCUGAUGGUUGUAGUUCUGCAAAUGAUUCUUAUUGAAUGAAAUCUGGAGUUUGUUUACGUAAAAGAAAAUAUAUUAUCUUGUUUUUUUUAAAUAUGGAAUAUGUCAUUUUGGUGCUUGAGGAUCAUUUGGAGUAGGAGUUUUAUUCCACCGUCCAGUCUGUCACACGGUACACACUAGUUUGAAUAAUUAUUAUUAUUAUUAUUAUUAUUAUUAUUAUUAUUAUUAUUAAUUAUAAAGUAUGACACUAGUAGCACCUGAAAUCGAUUCUCUUGGACAGGGACCCAAUGGUAAAUACUAUAAAUGUGAUAGAAACCUCAUGUUGGUGUAAAGGUUUAGAUUAGUUUAGGCUCACAAAAUAACUUUCCUUCGUCAGAAUAUAACAUUCUGUUAAAAAAAAGUGUUUCAUCACUUUUAAAGCAAAAUAAUUGCCAAAAUAUCUUCCUGUCUGAUUUAAACUUUCCAUGUUUAUUUGUAAAAGCUGCACAACUUCUAUGCAUUCCCUUAUAACAAGUCACUGAAAUAUAUUCUCGUCAUUUCAUUACGAUGCCUUAAAAUUGUUAAAAAUAAUUUUGUAAUUGACUUGUAAGUCUUAUAUGAAUGAUUUUUGUAAAGUGUUCGUAUUUAACAUUUGUAGAUUCUUUUGAUUGAUUUUGUAUACAGUUUCAACAAUCAGUUGGCACUAUAAUUGUAUUGACAUUACUGUGAUGUAAUGUCUCUCAGUAUCUUUUCAGUGGAACUGGAAAAUGGUACUUAAUAAUGAUCUGUUAGAGUAUAGAGAUCCUGGUAUAUACUGUAAUUGUGACUGAAAGAAAAUGUACACUGACUGUACUUCACAAAAUAUUUUUUUCUAGUACGUAUAAAUUUAGCAGCAAUAAAGCUAUUAAGUUAAA